GGGAGUCCAAUGGAAGCUUUCGUCGCAACCCGGAGGAAACAAUCGAGUACAAUUUAGCUCACUAAAAGCAAACCAUUCUUUUACCUGGGAUUAUAAACUAAAUCCUCCUCAUCAGCCUGGAUGACUUGUAAUCUUUGAAUCAUCCAGAACCACCUUAUUAUCCGUUAAUAGCCUCCGUUCGGCCUUGUUUAUACUGAGCAGCUAGCUUGAAUCAGUGAAGCAGGCCCGGCGGUCCGGAGUGAGUUUAACGGGUCGGGAGUGAUUUUCGUCCGGAUCGGCUCCUUUAGCUCACCAAAAAAAAGAAAAUAGAACACAAAUCUUCUCGUUGAAAGGAUCCAGCCCCCACUCACUGAGAUCAAUCAAUGAGUAAGAAGAGAAUAUGACCCAGAUGCAACAAUGACAUCCAGAUUCGGUAAAACCUACAGCCGCAAAGGAGGAGAGGGCACGUCCAAGUUUGAUGAAGUUCUGUCCACCAAGAGAGGCACCCUCAGUACCAAAUGGGGUGAUACAACCUACAAAGCCAAGGUGGGCUCCAAGCGUGUCGGCGCGCCCAAGAAUGACUCUGUUUUGGGAGCUAACAAAAGACCCCGUCCGUCCGGAGAUGGCUUCGAGGAUCCGUUUGGAUUUGACAGCGAUGAGGAAUCCAAACCGGUUUCAUCUCGCACAAGCAACAAGUCAUCACCCGCCAAGCCGGCCUCAGCGGAGCCUCCUCUGGCAGAAUGGCCGGGUGUUUCUCUAGACACGGGGAGCAGAUCUGUCAUUCAGGGAGGAUCCAACAUCUCGGCGUCUGCUGGAGGGAUGUCAUGGCUGCCCAACGACAGGAGCCAGUCAAGGGUGAUGGAGGACACGACUCGGUUCUUUAACAGCAGCAGCAUAGGGAAGUCCCAGCAGAGUCCUUCAAUGUCUCAGAACCAGCACAGCUACUCGUGGUACCAAAACGCUUCAGAGAGUGAUAGGAAGCCGCUGGCACAGACCAUUACCCUGAAGACAGGUUCAGAGGCAGAGUCCACCUAUGACUCGUGGGAUGCCAUCGUAGGUCUCCGUCCACCAUCGCCCAGUCAGGAACCUCGUAACCCCGCCCCCACACUCUCUUGGGCUUCAACAGGCAUCACCUCGGGCAGCUUUGACGUACGGCAGACCCGACAGGAAAAGCCCCCGUCUCCCCCACGGCUCCAGAGCCUGAGUGAGAGCGAGGACCUAGGAGGCGACUCGGACUUCCUAGUUGAGACGUCAGAUUACUCCCAGACCUCCUCGUCCUCAUCAAUUACUAGAAACUCAAACUGUCGGACAUACAGGAGACCGAACAAACAGGGCUCUGGGAAAGCUUCGGACUCCAGUGUCUUUGCUAGCACAGUUUUCCCUGAGCUUCCUAAAACCACGUCUGACGGCAGUAAUAAGACGACGGUCAUUGGAGGUGGGCCGGGCAGAGGACGGACGAGGGACUUCACAGUGCUGCACCCCUCUUCGGUUUCAAAGUGCAAUGUCACUAUCCAGAACCGAGGAGUGGAGGAGUUUAGCACAGAAACAACGGCAUCUAGUGGUAGCAGUGGAGCGGGGUCUGGAAGUACGACGGAGCUGGGAGAGGCAGGAUGGCAACGGAAAAAGAUGGAACAACAAAACACCAGGUUCAGGCAGACCCAGACCAAGUCAAAGAAGGACAGCAAACUGGAGCUGUUUGGUUUUGACGACGCAGACACCCACCAAGAGGAGAACAAUGCAGACAAUGCAGACGGCGGAUCCAACUACAAGAUAAAAUACUUUGGCUUUGACGACAUGAGCGACAGCGAUGAUGACGACGGUAAGAGCUCUAAAGAGAGGAGGAGGGCGAAGAAGGCCGCCAUGGCCAAGGCCACCCCGGUGAUCACCAUAGAAGAAGAAAUGCUGGAUGAUGACGAGCCGCCAGAUCCUUUUGAAAGACUGGAGAUCCAGGAAAGACCAACAUUCAAGGAGAACAAGAAGAACUCAGAGCGGCAGGAAAGCAGGAUACGAGCAGAUGUCCUGGACUUCUCAGAGGAAGGCCUCAGGGUUGUAGCCGGGGCUCCAAGGAGGCCACCUCAGGGCAAACCAGCAGAGAAGAACCCGGACUCCUUCAGGAGAAUCUUCAGUGCACAGAAGAAGUCUCCCACCAAAGCUGUGUACAACGCCAGACACUGGACGGUAGAUAGCGAAGAGGAGCCUCCGCCACCCUUCUUCUCACGACCACAGGCAGCACCUCCUCCAGUAGCAGCUGGAGCAUCCAGUAAAGAGCCCACAGAGACUCAGAAGGAUGACAAUGUGUUUAAGGCUCCUCCACCUCCACCCAAGGUCACCAAGUGUGUAACCGUCCCCACGGAUCUCUACCAGGACGCUGUCACUGCACUCAAAUGUCGCAAAGAGCACAAGGAGCUGUAUACAGUCGUCCAGCAUGUGAAGCACUUCAACGACGUGGUGGAGUUUGGAGAAAACCAGGAGUUUACAGAUGACUUUGAGUAUCUUGCGACUGGUCUAAAGACAGGACAACCUCUCAACACACGCUGCCUUAGUGUGAUCAGCCUGGCUACACGCUGUGCCAUGCCCAGCUUCAGGAUGCACCUCAGGGCCAGAGGGAAGGUGGCUCAGAUUUUCAAAACUCUCAAUGACGCUCCUCAGUUCCCGAACCUGGCUAUGUGCACGGCGUCACUGAUGUACAUCCUCAGUAGAGACCGACUGAACAUGGAUCUGGACCGAUCGUGUCUCGACCUCAUGAUCCGGCUGCUUGAGCUAGACCAAGACCAGGGGGUGGUGGACUGCACCAGCCAGCUCAGUGCCAGGGAGAUCGCCAAGAUGAAGGAGAGGAUCAGGAAGCUCUGUGACACAGUGCACAACAAACACCUGGACCUACAGAACAUAACGACGGGUCAUUUAGCCAUGGAAACAUUACUCUCCUUGACAUCGAAGCGAGCAGGAGACUGGUUCAAAGAGGAACUACGGCUACUGGGAGGGCUGGACCACAUAGUAGAUAAAGUGAAGGAGUGUGCUAAUAAUUUAAACCAGGAGGAAGAUAAGGAGAAGCUGGUGUCAGCUCUGUGGGGAGCAGAGAGGUGUUUACGGGUGCUGGAGAGUGUGACAGUCCACAACCCAGAGAACCAGAGCUACCUGAUCGCCUACAAAGACUCAUCACUGAUCGUCUCCUCUGCAAAGGCGUUGCGGCGGUGUGAGGCGAUGAUCCAGUGUUACAGCAGGGAGCUGAACUCAGACGGAGCCUCGGUGGGGAAGGCUGUGGAGGACUGUAUGAGGGCCAUUAUUGGAGUACUGCUCAAUCUGACACAUGACAACGAGUGGGGCAGUACGAAGACGGGAGAGCAGGAGGAUUUGAUAGUGACGGCUCUGAACUGUGUCCUUAAAGUCCCUCAGUAUCUCCCACAGGAGCAGCGGUUCGACAUCAGAGUACUGGGCCUGGGCCUGCUGAUCAACCUGGUGGAGUACAGUGCCAGGAACAAGUACUGUCUGAUGGAGAUGGAGAUGGAGGGAGGUCAGGGUCCCUGCAACUCCACCGUCCUGAUGAGCCCCCCACACCAGGACAUCACCAGCACCGGGCCGCUGAGCGCCAUCGCUGCACUUGUACAGCUGUUCCUCCAACGGGAGCGAGCUGCCGUUCUGGCUGAGGCGCAGACUGAUGACCUCAUCAAGGAAGCACCAAAGCCUGCACUGGAUCAGAGCGGAGAGUGGCAGGAAACCGGCGGCGAGAUCCAGUGGGUUGCCAAUGACAACAACGACACGGAGAGACAAGACGACAGCAAGAAGAAGGAGAAGGACGAGGAGGACGAGGAGCUGGACCUCAACAAAGCUCUGCAGCACGCAGGGAAGCACAUGGAGGACAGUAUCGUGGCCUCAUACACAGCACUGCUGCUGGGCUGCCUGUGUCAGGGGAGCCCGUUGAAUGUGACUACUGUGAGAGAAAACCUGCCUAAAGGAGAUUUCUCCAUCAUGACAGAAAUGCUGAAAAAGUUCCUCAACUUCAUGAACCUCACGUGUGACGUCGGCACCACGGGACAGAAGUCCAUCUCUCGGAUCAUCGACUACCUAGAGCACUGCUAGAGAGAAGCCUGUCUCACCACGACCAUCUCCUUCAUCCUCAUCACCAUCAUCACCUCAAGUUUUAUUCCCUGCUGGACCCAGGCAGUUUGUUUUCUUUAACACAUCUUCAUCAUCCUCCUCCUCCUCCUUUCUGUGCUGUGAACAGACAUCCUCUUUAUCUUCUAGUUAUCUGAAAAUCCAUGUUUUUCUAGUUUCAGCAGCCCAAACAUGAUCACUGAAUUUAAUUAAGAUGAACUUAAUUCUGUUUCGUAAGCAGGCGUCGUCCUCUGAGUCCAGCUGUGGUCAUGAUUUUACUUUUAUUGAGUUUUUUCCCUCCCAUUUUUGUGAUAAAAUUUGCUCAGAUGGAGUUUAUUUUUCCAUCAGUUUUGAUGGAUUUCCCUUCAAAGUUUCCUCACGGUUCGACUCUUCCGCCCUCCCUUCUUCUCUCUCCUAAAAACACCCCGUCUGUCGCAUCGAUUGCCGGCAGAUUGGAGUGGAGCUGCCAUUUUCUCCAGCCUGUCAUCAAAGCGGCGUGCCCUCCAGCUCUGCCUCUGAAGCUGAUAAUCACCAAAACAACUCAAGUGGUGUGAAAAAAGCAAAAACUACUGACCAAAAUAAUUGCUUUACAUGCCGUGUUCUUCUUCUUCAUCUCUUUUUGCUACUUUGACCCCUCCACUCUGUCGGAAGGAGGCGGUCUGAGGCCAACAAAUCAAAAGUAUUGAUCUGUGCUGGCCUUGGAGCGCAGGGUUCAGAUCUGGAAUUGCAGGUUUUGUGAAGUUUAAGUUGUAUUAUAUGACGGGUCUGCCUGUGAAUGUUUGCAUGGGGUCAGUUUAAGGUGUUUUUCACCUUUAUAUAACCAGAAAUUUUCUCUGAGAGCUUUUCAGCCUCCUACCCAAUUUCGAAUCUCUUGUUCUGUGCUUCUCCCAGCAUGCCGAGCUCACCGGAGCCCGUCUGAAGCCAACAGCACACCUGAGAAUAAAACACAAUGACCCUAGAGGUUGUGAAACUCUCAGGAAACUUUGAGGCACUCCACAUGCUUUCAGAAAACUUUCUCCUUUAAAAGAAUCGAUCGCCUUCUCGCUCCACAUCAAAGCUCUGCGUCUCAGUGGGACCCGGGCCCUCAAGGUCUUGACCUGUCCUCCCUCAGGUCUGUUGAAUUACCGUCCACGUGUGUGUGCUGGCCGCUCGCAGAAAAGCCUUCAAUUACAGCACAGAGGCAGCUGGAGAGAGAGGUUAAAGCUAACUGCUUCUCUUUAGUUUGAACCCAAGCAGCAGCACAGAGGAUCACAGGGAACAAGUUCAUUCUUUUUUCUUCAUGUUUGGUUGUUUAGACUCAGAACUUCAACAGGAAAUCCCAAAGUUUACUCUUUAAACUUAAAUGUAAUUUAAGAAAUCUCCAGAUUCCUUGGAUAAGGUCAGAUCAGUCCAGCAUGAUAGGAUGGCUACACCUUAGACCAGGGUUUUUAAACUUUCAAGGCUUGCCAAAACACCAGACAGUUUCCAAAUCUUAACUACAUUUAAAACAGGGGGCGAUAGAGUUUGAGGGUCAGAAGUUUGAAUUUGAAUAUGAAACUAGAUUAAAUUACAUGGUAUGGAUACCUGUCUUAAUAUGACAGCAAAAUAGGGACCUCUUAGACAUCCAAAACGGCUCAGUUUAGCUGAGAAAUGUUUAUUUCCAACCUCCACAAAAGAAAGGUUUAACUGUACAGUAAGCACACUGAAAUAUCGCAUUCUGUUUAUAGUAAUAAAAGGUUAAAUAAAUGCCAUAUUCUAAGACUUUUAUCUAGAAUCAGAUAGCUCCUCUACUAUUCAUAAGCCAGAAGUGUCUACUCACUUCGCCCUCUGUAUUUCCUGUUUUUUGUUGAUAUUUAGGUUAUUUUACUGGUGAAAAUGCUAAUGCAGGGCUGCGAGGCUGUCAUUAGUCCACAGACCAGGAUGUAGCCUAAAGCGAAACUUUCAGGGACCAGGAGACAUCGCUGUACAUCUCCUCCGAUCUCUCUAUGUCUGUAAAAGACACUGGGGUUAAUGUGUGCCCUUUUAAAAGAUGCUAAAGAGACUUAAUGGGACGUAUUUGUCAACUGGGGAUUACACAGGUAGCAGGGAUAGAGGCUGAGACGGAGGGCGGAGCAGAGAGUCACACUGUGUUCAGAGAGAGUCGCACUGCAGUAAAUCGGGCAAGAUGAUUUUUAAAACCACCAGAUAAUCAGGCCUUUGCUGACAUUGGUCAGGCUGAAAAUUGAGUGAUGAAUCCUGCUUAAAAAACACCACAUUUGUGGAUUAUUUGGAGAAAGUAUCGGUUAAGGGGAGCCUUGAAUCCACAUGAUUUUAGAGUGGUAAAUCAGGCUCAAAAUUGUCCAUAUCAAAACGUGGCAGGUGGAUUUGUGCGUGUUAUUAAAACAGUUUUAUAUCAGUUGAUUUCUAUGAGAACUUCUAUAUUUGGAAGUUUAAAAUUAUGGUAUCGUGUCGACUGUUUUCCAGGGUCGCCGCGUUGAUAAUUAAAAACUCUGCUGUGUAAAGGAAGCAGGGAGGGUGAAACAGAGAGAGGAUGUGAAAGAGAUUUAAUUAUCGCAUAAUUCACAAUGUUGUAAUUAAUGCUUCACAAACUGAUUUUAUUCAAGUGAAGAUCUUCUGAGACUUUCUCCAUAAAAUGAUUGAUAUUUUAUCAAAAACUGAAGCUUCUUCUGAGCAAAGUCACGUCUACUUUGAAAAAUGUAUUUCUUCCUGUCAGUGAUUUUGCUGAAAAAAGUGUACCCCCAGAAAGCCUGCAGUUAUUUAAUUUGAUUUUGGCAUGAGAAGAGAUGUUUUUGUUCAUUUGGUUUUAUAGAUCUGUAAAGUGAGGAUGUUUAAUAGUAUUUUUUAUUAUUUUGGUUCAUAAAGUUCUCUUUAUUUUAAGUUAACAGCUUGUGUCAUCAAACACCCCGUUCAUCUUGUCAUCACCAUGUUCAAACUCAAACACAGUUACACUCCUUUUUUGUUUGAAAGUUUACAAGAGCUUUAUUCACAGACGUCUGCAGAAUGAAUGGACGAGCUUUUUUGUACAUAUUUGUUGUACAUAGAUUGAUUUCCUCGUGUAGGAGGAGAGGCC